UAAGGCAUACACCUACGAUGAGCAAUGAAGAAAGAAUCACGACAUGGCUUUCUAAUUAUGGAAAAGAUAAUAAUUUGAGUAAAGAAUGGGCGCCUAUAGAUAAAUAUUUAAAAGAUUCGCAUGAAAUCGUCGAUUUAACCUGUUAUGAGGUAUCAGGGAAUGAUGAUUCUUCUACCAGUAAGAAAAUGCUUGAUAAUACUGCUCGGUAUAUCAACGGAUUACAAUUUUUAAAUGGACUAAGGAACGUUCAGAUUAUUUCGGUUUUAAUGAUUCUCGAAAUUCAUCGUCUUCGCGUCAGGACACAUAUACUCUUUUUCCAUAAAAGGCAAUAUACUAGAAAACUAUUCGUCACCAUACCUCAAAGUUCCUCAGAAUUCUUCCACCAUCCAAAAACUCAUUCAUUUUCUGCUUCAAGAUCUGUUGAGGAUUUCUUGAUAUUGAGAGGAAAGAUUUCCGGCAAACGCCAAGAAAUCGAGCCCAGCAAAUUGAAAUUUUCAAUUAUAAACAAUGAUGGUUCCAUGACAAAGGAUAUUAUCGAUAAGCUACCGAUGCCCAUGAAUGUACACAAGUAUAUUAUUUCGUUUCGAAUAUUGGCUAACCGCAAAUUGGAAUUUGUGGAAAGGGACUUCGACCUUUAUUACUUGAUAUCGAAUCCCACAUAG